UGCCGCCGAAGGAGUGUGAACGGCGCGAGAGGUCAUCCAUCUCGUUGUCCUGUAUUUGGGGGUGAAAUUCAAUUGGACCUUCUACUGUGACAUGUUUAAGCAUCUUACUGAUGCUCUCUUUCUCUAAAAUGUGUAUGCCUUUGGCCUCUCUAGAUAUUUACGAAGCCACACAGUGAGCACAGAGUGGCCUAUUCUUUCUCGUUUUGCUUGAAUGAUGACGGAGUUCGUUGAAUGGGCAAUUUUCCGCUCAAGCUUCUCAUAUGAGGAACCUUUAGUUCUGUCCACGGUUGCCGCUAUAUACUUCUUUGGCUUUGGCUGACAUUGCAAUAGGAUAUUAGAUUAACACAAAUUUAGGGUGGCAGUUCAUUUUGUGAGAAGUACAUUAUGAAGAGCCAGCGAUGGUUCCAUUCAGAAGAUGACUUUGGGAUGCUUUCAUGGGGAAGAUCCUCCAGGUCUAUGUGCUGGCAUCCACAUUACGAGAAUGUUUUGGGACAUACUAUUCGCACAGGAAAUAACAAUUUCUGCACGAGAUCAGCUAUAAUGCAUGCAAGGAGAGGGAAGUCCUCUAUUACUUCUGAGAGCUACUGCAAGGUGGUUUGGACUGUUGAAGCAGAAGUGGCAGAUGAUCAACUUCUGUAUCUAGCUGGUGAUCUUAUGGAACUAGGCUUCUGGGAACCCCAAAUGGCCGUUCCAAUGUCUCCAACUGAAGACGCUAACUUAUGGAAGGCUGAAGUCAAGAUUGCCUGCGGGGUUAGUUUCAAAUAUAACUAUUUCAAGAAAGAAGCAUCAUGGCCUCCUUACGAUACAACUUGGCGGCCAGGGCCUGAAUUUUCUCUUAUUGUCCCUCAACAUCAUGGACAAGAUAAGAAUAUUGUUGUGAGGGAUUCAUGGAAGGAGCUCGGAACCAGAAGUAGAAUACCCUCAGCUCAUUCAUGGGGCUCAUGGAUAGAGGAAAUGUACCUGCCAGUUGAGCCUUCGACAUCAACCGUACCAAGAGAUGAAGAUGAAAUUGUCAGAUGCCUGGGAACUGAUCUGCUAGAGGCGGAAAGAUUCUUAGUUGUAGAGGUCAACCAUGAGAGUUACUCCAAUAAUAAACACAUGAUAAGUGAUACGCAGAAGGAUUAUGUUUCUGCUACUUUUAUCUCUGAAAGAGAGCAAUCUAUUGAGGAGCCUUGGCUGAUGUCAACUCUUCCUAGUCGUACAUUGAAGGAUAUGGAUAUUGAUGUACCUACAGAGAGUGGCAGCGGGGAAGAAGAGUUUGUACCUACAGAGAGUGGCAGCGGGGAAGAUGAGUUUACUCAAAUGGAGUCUGAAAAUCAGUACUAUCAAGAUGCUGGUGAGAUGUUGACAGAAGAACGAAAGCAUCUAGUUUCGGUUGAGGAUUCUAUUUCUACUGUUAUAUUAAUCAAUUCCUCCAUAUGUACAAUGCAAAGAAUAGCAGUACUGGAAGGUGGGAAGCUAGUUGAGUUGCUUCUGGAGCCUGUUAAAACUGAUGUACAAUGUGAUAGUGUUUAUCUUGGUAUCGUCAUGAAACUUGUUCCACAUAUGGGCGGUGCUUUUGUCAACAUCGGCAACUCGAGACACUCCCUUAUGGAUAUCAGGCGUAACAGAGAACCUUUUGUGUUUCCUCCAUUUCAUCAAGAAACGAGGAAAACUAAACCAAAUGGCUCAGAGCAUGAAGCUUUUGAAGGUCAUCCACUUAAUCAUGGAGAUGACCAUGCACUAGAUAAUGUUGAAAGUAUUGAUGAUGUCACAGAGAUUUUCUCCCAGGAUGCUUCAGGAAAAGCUGUGCAUGAUGACUAUGAGGAAAAUGAAUAUGAGGAUGAUUUUGAUGCCACAGAGUCCUUGAAAGGAUUUUCGAAUGGUAGUCUGUUGCAUAUGGAUGAAGUCGGUGUGGCUGCUGGUAUAGAGGAUGAUGUUGCUGGAAUCAACAAACAUAAAAAAGGUGUGUCUCUUGAAGGUUUUCUUCCUUUUGAAACAGCAAUUGCCACUUACUCCGAGAGAUCUAAACUUCAAGAUGCAAAGGACGCUACUCUUACAUCCGCUGGGGAUAAUAAGUGGAGUAAGGUCCGGAAGGGCACCAAAAUCAUUGUUCAAGUAGUCAAAGAAGGACUAGGCACAAAAGGUCCCAUGUUGACUGCAUAUCCUAAACUGAGGAGUAGAUUCUGGAUAUUGAUGACUCGGUGCGAUAGGAUUGGAGUGUCAAAAAAGAUUAUUGGGAUGGAGCGUACUCGAUUGAAAGUUAUAGCAAAGACUUUGCAGCCCCAAGGUUUCGGUCUGACUGUGAGGACUGUUGCUGCUGGUCAUUCUUUAGAGGAAUUGCAGAAAGAUUUGGAAGGUUUGCUUUCAACAUGGAAAAACAUAGUGGAACAUGCAAAAUCUGCUGCUCUUGCUUCAGAUGAAGGUGUUGAAGGAGCUGUUCCUUCUAUUUUGCAUAGGGCUAUGGGUCAAACACUCUCAGUGGUCCAGGACUAUUUUAACGAGAAGGUGACAAAAAUGGUGGUAGACUCUCCAAGGACUUUUCAUGAGGUUACCAACUAUCUUCAAGAAAUAGCUCCAGAUCUUUGUGACCGUGUUGAGUUGUACGAUAAAAGAAUUCCUCUUUUUGAUGAAUUCAACAUUGAAGGGGAGAUUGAUAAUAUCCUGAAUAAAAGGGUUCCACUUGCUAAUGGAGGCUCCUUGGUGAUUGAACAAACCGAGGCUUUAGUCUCUAUUGAUGUGAAUGGCGGUCAUGGGAUGUUUGGACAGGGAAACUCACAAGAAAAGGCAAUUCUUGAUGUAAACCUUGCAGCAGCUGGACAGAUUGCUAGGGAGUUAAGACUUCGGGAUAUCGGCGGCAUUAUUGUGGUAGACUUCAUUGAUAUGGCAGACGAAUCAAAUAAAAGGCUAGUAUAUGAAGAAGUGAAGAAGGCUGUGGAGAGAGACCGUUCUAUGGUGAAAGUAUCUGAAUUGUCCAAGCAUGGACUCAUGGAAAUAACCAGAAAGAGGGUUCGACCUAGUGUCACUUUUAUGAUAAGUGAGCCAUGUACCUGUUGUCAUGCUACCGGGAGAGUUGAAGCUCUUGAGACUUCCUUCUCAAAGAUUGAGCAGGAAAUUUGCCGUUUGCUGGCUGUCGUGGAGCCAAAAGCUGAUCCUGAGGACGCUAAGUCCUGGCCAAGACUUGUAUUAAGGGUUGACAAUCACAUGUGCAACUACUUGACCUCUGGAAAAAAGACACGGCUUGCAAUUUUGAGCAGUUCCCUUAAAGUUUGGAUUCUUCUGAAGGUUGCUAGAGGUUUCACCCGAGGUGAAUUUGAAGUGAAGCCAUUUGGCAACGAUAACAAGGUGAACAAGAAUCAGCAUCAGGUUACCAUUCCAAUUCUACGGUCCAAGGAAAGAAGAGCCAAAGAUUCAGGGAAACAGGUGACUAUAAUUCCAGUGAAGAAAUGGAAAACUCGUCGAUAGCACAUGCCUGGAGAAAUAUCUAUCUUAUACGGACAGAAGUCAAGCCUUCCCACAAAGAAAACCGGUGCAAAGUAGCAGAGGAAAAAGCUGUGAUUUUUUCGUUCUUACGGAGGAUAUCUUGUACUGCAAGCUGAUGCUUAGAGCAUCCAGUGAGAUCAAAAUAUUGAAUGUUCUGACAUCAUGGCCAUUCUAGAUGCCGGGUGUGGAGGAAAAAGAUAGGAAUAUAAGUUAAUGUAUAUAUUCUCAUUGAAUUUCUAAGCAAUUUUGCUUGUGAGGGAACUGUAUUUUUUCCGUGGUGCAGAACAAUAUUAUCAGAUAUCUGUAUCUCUAGCAAAUCUUAUGAAUAAGAAUUGCUUGCCACCA